UGUUUCUUCCUUCCUGAUCAUUGCAACGAUGUAUAGGAUGUUGCUCCGGACAUGUCUGCAAAUCACCAUGGUCUUUGGCUCAAGUUUUGGGUGUUGGCAAACGUCAAACAUCCAGUGCCUCCCUCGGCUCUGCCGAACAAGAGAUCUCGUCUCUGCAGAGGGUCCUCAGAUGCCCAUCCCGCAAUCCGGGGAGCGCUUCCUGCGAGAGAAUGCGGACCCUGAGCAAGUGGUCGCCCCCUUGGACAAGGUACGGCACGAAUCGUGCUCGUUUAGGGCAGGAGCGGCGCAAGUCGGUGAAGAAGGAGACAAAGGAUGGCAAGUUGGGCUUUGAACCCUUCAUUGACGAUGGGAAGAGCGUCGGCAGCUACAAGAGCAGCAGAACUGCCAAGAGCUCGCUCUAUCCCAACAUCCCCUUCAAGGACUGCAAGUGGGACUUCUUCCUCUGCUGUACACCUCCAGGUCGGAAGGCGGUCUCGGCGCUCUACGACGCGCUGCCGGAGCGCUUUGAAGGUUGCAAACUUUGGUUGGACGAGCAGCACGAUUCCACGGACAAGACUCUGGUGGACGGCAUUUGCUACUCUCGAAACAUCUUGGUCUUUCUGACCCACGGAAGCACCUCCGAUGCCAAAUGGCAGCACCAGAUGAGGGUGGCUAUCGGGGCCCGGCGGAACUUCAUCCUGCUGGGAGAGACCGACGAGAUGCAAGGGAAGCCGAGCAUUGAUGAACUCAUUAGCAAGUGCCCAAGCGAUCUGAAGAGCAUCUUUGAAAGCAAUUUGAUUAUCCCCUACUUCAGCGACCCCGACUUCCGUUCCGUGACCUUCGAGAAGAUGUGCCGUGCCCAGUGGGUGGACAUCAGCGAGGAAGCAGAAGAGAGUCAUCAUAUACAGAAACACCGGAAGGACCUCUUCUACAAACUCUUCCCCUAUGACGAGGACACAGAUCCGGCGGUCUUUCCCAAGAACUUUGUCUCCUUCGCCGCUGCCGUGGGCCUGCCCCUGCCGGGCGUCAGCCCACGGGCGACGCGCUGGUCGCUCUUUGUGCGGGCCUACUUGGUGGUUUGUAUGCUCCUGUGCUCCAUGCGGUUCUUCACCCCUCAAGGACCCGGCUUCCUGGACUACCUCUCCAUUGCGCAGCUGGUCGCUUUGCAUCCGGUCUUGCUGCUCAUGAUCUCAGUCACGACUUGGGUCUUGGGGAGCAAGGAGGUGAAGGAUCUGCUGGAGCACCAGAUCGAGUGCACCAAGGAGGGAAACCGCCUUCGCCUCAAGCUCGAGAGAUUGACCCUGGUGCUGGGGGCCUUGACGGCCGUCUUCAGCCUAUGGGGUUGGAUCGGCUACCUCCCAGGGUUUUGGACCAACUAUUACUUGGAGUCCACGCAAGAUGCCUAUCCCUUCUUCGGCGUCCUAGGGAUCCUACACGGUCUCGCCUGGUUCUUGUCCCUCCCCUUGGUCUUCGGCAUCUUCUUCGCCACGCUCCUGGUGGCCUUCGCCCUGCAGGAACUGGGAUAUAUGGGUUUGGUGAGUGCAUUUGAUGAACUACAUCCUGAGAUUGCCUCAGCGGGCCUUGAGGAGAUCACGGCGACCUCGGCGGGCAUGAACGUCAAGGACGGCGACCUGUACCGCUUCCAGGUGCGCUACCUGCAGUGCUGGAACCUCUACCGAAGGAUGCAAUGGAAGGCAUCUAUCCCUUUCGUCCUCUUCUGGGUCGCUGAAGUGUGCUUGCUGGCUUGGUCGAUUUGGAGCAUCGUGCAGGGCUUCGAGCCCAUCGCGGACGAGCGGGCCGCGCGCUUCCAAGCUCAUUGGCACCUGCCGGUGAGGUUAACCUGGUUGGUGGGCGCCUCUCCCUGGUUCGGCGUGGCAGGCUACAUGAUUGGCUUACUGCCUUGGGGAUCCAGCUUCUACGCGAACAAGAUCAUGACCGCCAGUAACCGGCUCUUCUUCACCAACACCAACCUCCGGAGCUGCUUUCUGAGCUUCAUGCAUGACUUCGAGUUGGAGUUUCGCGUGCUCUUCUUACAGGCAGUGCCCUGGACGUUGUUGCUCUCCUUGCCAAUUCUGCUGGUGAACAGCCUGGGUUAUGUGGCGGAUGUGGUGCGGCUCUUUCGUGCCCUCUGAGCGAAGCACACAGCGAAGGAACCAGAGCAGAGGAGGAUGCGUCAGGAUGUGUC